AUGGCCAGCCAGGAGCGCAUGUUCACCUCGCCCGAUGGCACGCGCAUCUGGGCGGAGUCGAACGGGAACACGUCGAAGCCCGCGAUCGUGUUCGUGCACGGGCUCUCGUGCACCGCGCUCGGGUGGGACCGCCAGUUCGGCGACCCGGCGCUGCAGCGCGACUUCCACCUGGUGCGGUACGAGAUGCGCGGGCACGGGCGCAGCGGGAAGCCUUUGGAGGAGCAGGACUACGCGUCGCAGAAGAUCGCGGGGGAUUUUGCGGUGGUGUGCGAGGCGUUUGGGGUUGUGAAGCCGUUCUUGAUGGGCUGGAGCUUAGGAGGGGCGAUCGUCGUGGACGUUGUAACCGCAUACGGCGUCGAUUACCUCUCCGGGAUCAUCUACGUCGGCGGCUCCAUCGUCGCGCUGCACUACCACCCCGUGUGCCGGCACCCGGUCAUGACCGAGCUCGUCCCGAUCAUCACCUCGCUUGCGUCGGACGACCUCAGCGACGGCGCGGAGCGCUUCGUCGACUCGUGCGUCGCCGCGCCGCUCUCUUACGCGGAGAAGCUGUCGUUCAUGGGCGGGUUCCUCAUGCAGCCGCGCGCGGCGCGGUUCUGGAGCAUCCGGCGCAGGCAGGACCAUACGGUGUGGGAGCGUACGGCGCGCCCGCUGCCGGUGCUCGUCGUGCAGGGCACGGAGGACCUGCAUUGUCUGUACGAGACGAUGAUCAGCAUCGCGCGCAGGGUGUAUGACCGUGUGGAGAUCAAGAUGAUGCCGGGGAUUGGGCACUCGCCGCACUUCGAGAGUCCGGCUGAGGUGAACCGCAUCGUAGGGGAUUGGGUGAAAAAGGUGGUGGAGGGGAAGUUAAGUAGCUGA